AUGCCCAACGGCGCCGCGGCCGCCGUCGGCGUGCAUCCCAUAGCCAAGUUGGGCUUUGGAGGCGCCGGCCUGUCUGCCUACGAGGCAGCUCGGCCGUCCUACCCCCCAGAGUCCAUCGCCCACUGCAUCGACGCGCUCGGCCUCCGCCGCCCCGGCCCCGUCUGCGAUGGCAACUCGCCUGCCGGCGGUCCCCCUGCCGCGGGCAGGCCGCGUGUGCUCGACCUGGCAGCAGGCACCGGGAAGCUGACUGCCCAGCUAGCAGCCCUGGACCUGUUUGACCUCUCCGCGGCCGAGCCGAGCGCGGGCAUGUGCGACGCGUUCUCGCGCGCGUGCCCGGGGGUGCCGGUCGUGGCGGCAGAGGCGGCGGCGCUGCCUUUCGAGGACGCAGCGUUUGACGCCGUCUUCGUGGGCCAGGCCUUCCAUUGGUUUGCCACGCCCGAGGCGUGCCGGGAGCUGCGGCGCGUCCUGAGGCCGGGCGGCGGCCUGGCGCUGCUGUGGAACCUGGAGGAUGCAGGGCAGCCCUGGAUGAGGGACUUCCUGGACAUCUUCCAGCCGUACGCCAGGCGGGCAGGCGUCCCAAACUACGGCCUUGGCACUCACACGGCCGCCCUGGCGUCCCCCUGGUUUGCUGAGCUGUUUGACGUGUCGCCCAGCCCUUCCGCCUGCAGCAAGCUGUUCCGGUCCAGGCAGCCGCUCACCAGGGAGGGCGCCUGGCUGCGCGUGCUGAGCAACAGCUUCGUGGCAUCACUGCCCGAGGCGGAGCGCGAGGGGGAGGCGGGCGCCAUGGGGGACAAGCCCACCCAGGGAACGGGCCUCGUCAACAUGGUGGACAGCGUGGUCACCGUGAUCACGAACGAUGGGCGCCACAUCGUGGGCAUUCUGCGGGGAUACGACCAGGCAACCAACCUGAUUUUGGAGGACUCUCACGAGCGGGUAUACUCCACUAAGGCGGGGGUAGAUGUGCUGGCAUUGGGGCUGUACGUCAUCCGCGGGGACAACAUCGCCGUGGUGGGGCAGGUUGACGAGGAAGCUGACGCGCAGCUGGACCUGGGGUCCAUACGGGCGCCGCCCUUGAAGGCCGUCACGCACGGCUGA